UUCGGAGCAAGGUUGCUAGCUCGGUAUACCACGCGUGUUGUCUUAGCCUAGGGCAAGGAAAGCCUAGCAAAUACUGAUCGUUUUAGAUGGUUGUUUCAAUAAAAAAACAAGUAUAUUAACCGAAAAGAGCCCUAACACUUCAAAUAGAGAAAAGACGUACGGUUGGCUAGGAAACGCCGGAGGUGAAAAAUUUGACUCAGCGGGGAACGACUUCAAAGACUACAACACAUUCAUGCACGUUCUACAUACUUGAAUUGUUCCUGCCUUCCUGGUUGAUGAAAACUUUCAAAACAGAUGUAUGAAUAUCCCACUAUGUCUCCAAACAAUACAACGACGUUCGAAAUCAGCUGUAACGAUUCCUUUCACCAUUUUCAAUUUCAACCCCCGUCAUCUUUCGACAUAUUCACCGGGGUCGUUAUGAUCCUGAUAAUAGUCAUCUCCUUAACGGGUAAUAUCAUGAUAUUGUACGCGUUUCUCUCCACACCGAAACUAAGGAUGGUGAACAACUAUUUCCUGAUGAAUUUAACGCUAUCGGAUAUUAUCACAGCCAGCUUAGUGAUACCAUUUGAUGUGGACAUAAAGAUUAACGGAAUUAGUAGUUGGACACAUGGAAUAGCGAUGUGCAAAGUUUGGACCAACGCUUAUACUGUAUCAGUACCAACAUCCAUAUUAACUUUGUGUGUCGUAAGUAUUGACCGUUAUCAAGCCAUAUCAAAUCCUUUAGGAUAUCGCGCCGGGGUAACUUUAACUCCCAUCAAAGCGGUGUGCCUGAUCAUUGGAGUAUGGGGAUUGAGUGUCUUCAUGGCUUUGUUACCAGUUAUAACUGGACCUCCUCUAAAUGAGACAUUGUCACGUGAUCUUCCCCCCAAUUGCCCGGAUGUGUACUUCUGCUACUUUGACAUAUCACCAAGCUAUUCAGCAGCUGUCACCAUUAUUGCGUUCAUUCUUCCAUCGGUCGUUAUGGCAGCGCUAUACGUUAGAAUGUAUAUCAUCAUUACUUACGAGAGACAUGUUUCUGAUGACUUCAAUAUGGAAAGGAUGGGACAAAAUAGAAGUGAGGUAAAUAAAAAUGGAAGAAAUAUUAUCCAAAAUGUCCGGUCCUCCAAGGUUGAGGAAAUACUGGAAAUUAAGGUGGAAUUUCAUAAGGACAGAAGUGAUAAGAAUAUGAAAAAAAAUGGAAUAAAUGAAGAAAGAUUACCGGAAACAAACAAUGGAGAAACAAAAGAUGGAAUCAAUAAGGGAAUAGACAAAAACAACGAAAACAACAAAACUGUACAAAACACACGAGAAAUCUGUGAUGACGGCGAUGGCAGGAAUUGGAUAGAAAAACCAACAGAGCGUAUCCGAAUUAGCCACAAAGAUAAAAGGGAAAAUAACGAAGCCAACGUUGGGCAAUUUGGAAAUGCAGAUGAAAGAAUUAUAAAGGGAUGUGACAAGGACAGAUCUGACCAGAAUAACGAAGAAGAAAACAUGCUAAACCACAAAACCAAGGGAAUAAAGAAAGAAGAGAAAUGGCAUAAAAAGAUAAAACGUAAAAUUGGAAGACAUGACGGAGGAAAUUAUUCAAAAGGAUGGCUUACCGAUGGAAAUGAAGGGAAAUGUGACAAAAAGAGAAAAAAUGGCAAAAAGGAUGAAGAUACGAUAGUGAUGAACAACAACAAUGAUGAAAAUAAAAGAAAUGGAUCUCGUUCAAAUACAACGAACAGCAGAAUGAGUGGAGGAAUGAAGAGAAUGAGGCAAAAUGAAUUUAGAAUAAAGCAAAAGUACCAAACUAAAGUCGCCAGACAUUUUUCAGUGAUCGUGUUGGUUCAACUCUUAUGUUGGUAUCCCUUCAGCGUGGUUGGCCUGGUGUAUAAUCUGUGUGAUGGCUGCGAGCACAAGUUAUUAAGCUCGUCAGCACAGUAUUUCCUCCUUACGAUCGGUUAUUUAAGUUGUGCCGUUAAUCCGUAUUUGUAUGCAUACCAGCAACGGUCGUUCAGACAAGUUUUCAAACGAAUGUUCGGUAUUAAAGGAAAGUAGGCUCUAUAUAAGGUACAGCCCUCGUAACUGUGAUUUUAAUACUAUAGUACAGACAAAAUAAUUUUAUCCUCAAGUAGAUUUAGCAGUUUUUAGAAGCUGGAUGAUAAAAAUGGCCUCAUGUGGUAAAUAAAAAAAUAUUUGACUGGGUGCAUCCCGAUUUAUCUGGUCCGAAUAGCUAAAGGAAACA